AUGCUUCAAACGGGGAAGGAUUUGGAGCUUCACGGGUCCUGUUGUAAUGCAUCCGAAUUGCCUCGAGGCUGCAGGCAAGUCCACACGCGUUUCGAAAAGCUCAGAUUCAGCACCGUCCUCUCAUGCAUUAAGCCUUUUGUAGGCUUCAAUUUUCUCUUUGUCGCUCCUGCGUAG